ACGGAGAGGUGCAGACUGAUGAAGGCCCUUUAGAGGAUGCAGACCUGUCUCCACACAGUGACCUGUCCACUGAAGAGGUUAGACACACCUCUCCACACAGUGACCUGUCCACUGAAGAGAAGCCAACGGAGGACAGUAAACCUACUGACACAGAGGAGAGUCCAGAGGGAGAAAAAGGUCAAGAGGAGGAGACUGCAGUAGCUGAGAACUCCACUGAGGAACAAGGUGAUGACAACGAAGAUGUUACUAAAACCACCGAGGAACAAGGUGAUGACAACGAAGAUGUUACUAAAACCACCGAGGAACAAGGUGAUGACAACGAAGAUGUUACUAAAACCACCGAGGAACAAGGUGAUGACAACGAAGAUGUUACUAAAACCACAGAGGAACAAGGUGAUAACAAGGACGAUAUUACUAAAACCACCGAGGAACAAGGUGAUAACAAGGAAGAUAUUACUAAAACCACAGAGGAACACGCUGAUAACAAGGACGAUAUUACUAAAACCACCGAGGAACAAGGUGAUAACAAGGAAGAUAUUACUAAAACCACAGAGGAACAAGGUGAUAACAACGAAGAUAUUACUAAAACCACCGAGGAACAAGGUGAUAACAAGGAAGAUAUUACUAAAACCACCGAGGAACAAGGUGAUAACAACGAAGAUAUUACUAAAACCACCGAGGAACAAGGUGAUGACAACGAAGAUAUUACUAAAACCACCGAGGAACAAGGUGAUAACAACGAAGAUAUUACUAAAACUACAGAGGAACAAGGUGAUAACAAGGAAGAUGUUACUAAAACCACCGAGGAACAAGGUGAUAACAACGAAGAUAUUACUAAAACCACAGAGGAACAAGGUGAUAACAACGAAGAUAUUACUAAAACCACAGAGGAACAACGUGAUAACAACGAAGAUAUUACUAAAACCACAGAGGAACAAGGUGAUAACAACGAAGAUAUUACUAAAACCACAGAGGAACAAGGUGAUAACAACGAAGAUGUUACUAAAACCACAGAGGAACAAGGUGAUAACAACGAAGAUGUUACUAAAACCACUGAGGAACAAGGUGAUAACAACGAAGAUGUUACUAAAACCACAGAGGAACAAGGUGAUAACAAGGAAGAUAUUACUAAAACCACAAAGGAACAAGGUGAUAACAACGAAGAUGUUACUAAGAGGAUUACCACAGAGGAACAAGGUGAUAACAAGGAAGAUAUUACUAAAACCACAGAGGAACAAGGUGAUAACAACGAAGAUAUUACUAAGAGGAUUACCACAGAGGAACAAUGUGAUAACAAUGAAGAUAUUACUAAAACCACAGAGGAGGACUCAGACAGUGUGGUUGGGGAGAAGAGCCUGUAGACCAAGCCACAGGGAAGUCUGGAGAACCUGGUCCUGGAGAAAUGAAGGAUGGAGAGGGGAAGGGGAGAGAGAAGGAGGAGGAUGAGGCACCGGAUAAAUCUGAGGAGGUUGGAGAAGCAGGGGAUGACGGUCCAUCUUCAACAGAUGGAAAAGACUAGAAAGAGAAAGUGGAUGGAGGAAGACGAGAUGAUUCAUACCAUGUGGAAAAGAAAGAUGAGGAGGGAAGUAGACGAGGAACCUGGAACUGAGACAGAUUCUGAGACAGAGGAGGGAGGAAGUAGAUAAGGAACCUGGAACUGAGACAGAUUCUGAGACAGAGGAGGGAGGAAGUAGAUAAGGAGCCUGGAACUGAGACAGAUUCUGAGACAGAGGAGGGAGGAAGUAGAUAAGGAACCUGGAACUGAGACAGAUUCUGAGACAGAGGAGGGAGGAAGUAGAUAAGGAACCUGGAACUGAGACAGAUUCUGAGACAGAGGAGGGAGGAAGUAGAUAAGGAACCUGGAACUGAGACAGAGGAGGGAGGAAGUAGACAAGGAACCUGGAACUGAGACAGAUUCUGAGACAGAGGAGGAAGGAA